AUUAUUGUUGUGAUAUGUAUGUUCAAUGUUCACAUCUAAUGUUAUGAUAAUUGAUAUAUAUUUACUAAGAAUUAAAUACAUAAUAAGAAAUAUAAUAUAAAGAAGUUGGUAACAUUUAUUGAAUAAUUAUAUAAAUUUAAGUAAUAUUUGUCAUUGUUGUACUUAAUAAUUAAUAAUUAUAAAAAUGAAGACUCGAUUUGACACAUACGACUUAGUAUGUUCUAUUGCAGAACUACAAAAAUUAAUUGGAAUGCGAGUAAACCAAAUCUACGACAUCGACCAUCGGACAUAUCUAAUCCGCCUGCAACGGAGCGAAGAAAAGCGAGUCCUGCUCCUAGAAUCUGGUAACCGGAUCCACACAACAGCUUUUGAGUGGCCCAAGAACGUCGCGCCUUCAGGAUUCAGCAUGAAAAUGCGUAAGCAUUUAAAAAACAAGCGUCUCGAAUCACUGACCCAGAUUGGCUGUGAUCGGAUAGUCGAUCUACAGUUCGGUAGCAAUGAAGCAGCUUACCACGUAAUUCUUGAAGUUUACGACCGCGGUAACAUAAUUCUGACCGAUUACGAACUAACUACUCUAAAUAUUUUACGUCCUCACAUCGAGGGCGACAAAAUAAGAUUCGCCGUUCGCGAAAAGUAUCCCACUGACCGAGCCCAUUUAACGACAAUGCCCUCUCCUGAAGUAAUUCGUUCAAAAUUAGUUUCCGCAAAAACCGGAGAGCCGCUUAAAAAAAUCUUAAAUCCUCUUUGUGAAUUCGGUUCUGCGUUAAUUGACCACGUGCUUUUAUCAAACGGUUUCGAAUCUAAUUGUAAAGUUGGCAAAAGCUUUUUCCUGGACAAAGACUUUGACCGGCUGAUGGCCGCAUUGAAUCAAGCAAAUGAUCUAAUAGAGCAAGCUAAGACAACUCCUUCAAAAGGUUACAUCAUUCAGAAAAAAGAAUCCAAAGCAACUGGAGAUUCUGGAGAAUUUAUUUUAGCAAAUGUUGAUUUCCAUCCGUAUCUAUUAGAGCAGUACAAGGAUCAGCCUUUUAAAGAAUUUGAUACCUUUGAUCUAGCAGUCGAUGAGUAUUUCUCGACAAUGGAAGGCCAGAAGCUGGAUCUAAAAGCUCUGGCACAAGAGCGUGAUGCUCUUAAAAAACUGGAGAAUGUAAAGAAAGAUCAUGACCAACGUCUAGCUGGACUGGAAGCUAAUCAAGAGCUUGAUAAACGCAAAGCUGAGUUGAUUAUAUUAAACCAAGAAUUGGUAGACAAUGCAAUACUCGCGAUUCAGAGUGCGCUAGCCAACCAAAUGCCUUGGCCGGAUAUCCAAGUUCUGAUCAGCGAAGCCCAAGUCAGAGGUGAUCAUGUUGCUAAAGCUAUCAAGGCGUUAAAAUUGGAAACCAAUCACAUUUCUGUUUAUCUGACUAAUCCUUAUGAUGCUGACUCUGAUUCAAAUUACGAGGAUGAAGAUGGUGGUGAGGAUGGAAAUGGACAGAAGAAACGAGAACUGGAACCCAUGACUAUAGACAUUGAUCUAGCACAUUCAGCUUACGGAAACGCGCUGCGUUAUUUUGAUCAGAAGCGUUCGGCUGCUAAGAAACAUCAGAAGACAAUUGAAUCUCAAGGCAAGGCUUUGAAAUCUGCUGAACGAAAGACUAAACAAACAUUGAAAGAAGUCCAGGCAAUUCAUACCAUAAACAAAGCAAGAAAAGUUUACUGGUUUGAAAAGUUUUACUGGUUCAUUACCAGCGAAAACUAUUUGGUAAUUGGCGGUCGCGAUAUGCAGCAGAAUGAAUUGAUUGUAAAACGUUAUUUGCGUGCUGGCGAUUUGUAUGUUCACGCGGAUCUUACCGGUGCCAGUUCAAUUGUUAUUAAAAAUCCUAGUGGGAAUCCCGUGCCACCAAAGAGUUUGGCUGAGGCGGGAACGAUGGCAGUCGUGUACAGCGUGGCCUGGGAUGCAAAGGUCGUCGCGGGUGCUUGGUGGGUACACAGUGAUCAAGUUUCUAAAACAGCACCUACUGGAGAGUAUUUGACAACUGGUUCCUUCAUGAUUAGAGGAAAAAAAAAUUAUUUACCGCCUUGUCAGUUGGUUAUGGGACUGGCGUUUUUGUUUAGACUAGAGGAUGGAAGUAUUGAAAGACAUCGGGGUGAAAGGAGAUUCCGGGGCCUAGAAGAUGAUGAGUUCAGCAUUGCUGGUGAUGACAAUGUUAACGACGUGGAGAUUGAACUGGACUCUGAUGAUAACGACUCUGAUGGCAAAGAAGAUGACGUUAAUGCAGAUACUGCCGGUAAAGAAGAAGGAAGCUCUGAUACUAAAGUAUUGGAAGCUAUUGAUGAAGAUGAUUCUGAGUCAGAUGAUGAAUCAUUAUUUCCUGAUACGCAGAUAAAAUUGGAUUUAACUGGAUCUAAAGUUAAGUUACUGAUUGAUAAUAAAAGACCUUUGGAGCCGGAAGAAGAAAUUGUGUAUUUAGGUGAUGACAAACCUGUUAUUGUAAAGCAUUCUUUGAAAAUAAAACCAAAAGCUAAUCAGAGGUUGACAGAGAACCGGCAAGAUCUUGAUGUUACUAGAGAUUUAACAAAACCAGAAAAUAAAAUCGAACCAGUAAAACAGGAACCGGCAAAAUUGAAACGAGGACAGAAAGCUAAAUUGAAGAAAAUAAAAGAAAAAUAUAAGGACCAGGAUGAGGAGGACAGAAGAAUAAUAAUGGAGAUGAUGAAACCUAAUCCAGCAAGAGAAGAAAAGAGAAAUAGAAAAAAGAAGAAUGUUAAUCUUGAUAAAAAUCAGCAGAAGAAAAAAGGAGGUAAAGCUCCAGCUCCUAGACCAGUUCCCGAGGGAGGUGAAGAUGAUGAUGAAGAUGUUGGACCAGCUCCUGAAUUGGAUAUGCUUGAUCAGUUUACUGGCAAGCCUAUUGAUGAAGACGAAUUGCUCUUUGCUGUACCGGUUAUUGCGCCUUAUUCUACUGUCCUGAAUUACAAGUUCAAGGUUAAGUUGAUGCCAGGAACGGGAAAAAGAGGAAAGGCUGCUAAAACCGCACUGGCGAUGUUUUUGAAAGAUAAAUCUACAACUGCGAGGGAGAAAGAUUUGCUGAAGGCAGUGAAGGAUGAAGUUGUGGCCAGAAAUAUUCCAGGAAAGGUCAAGAUCAGUGCACCCCAAGCUCAGAGAUUAAAGAAGUGA